CUACUCUAUAAAAUCAACUUUCAAGGCUUAAUGUCACUGUCAUUUUGUUGGUUGUCGUUGUCAAUUUCAGUGAGCUUUCAGUUUGUUUCUAUAAACUUUCUGUUUAAUAGUUUUUGACUUUUUGUCAACAUUCAAGUUAAAAGUUUGAAAACUUCUACGUAGUGUAAAAAAUCCCAAACCUAACUGAAACUUAUGAAUAUGUGGCUUCCUCUGUUUUCUCUCUAUAUUCUUAUAUCAUUAAAUAGUAUUACUUCGAUCGGUAUCAGUGAUUUAAAUGUACCACCGGAGCAUAUAACAUAUGUUUUCAAUGCUUUUCCAAGUGUUGCCGAUGCUUGCAUAUCAGACCCACAAUGUUCUUACAAAGAAUUGGUAGGGACUAAAAGAUGUUGGGGCUAUGAACACAAAUGUAACAGAGAUAUGUCGUACCCAGUUCGGCCUGUUUGUCCCGGUGACCAUCGCGGCUGGGUGAAGACGAAGGCAGCUCAGUAUGAUACUUUCUACACUCAAGCGGAUUUCGGGUAUGUUAAAGAACAAAUAGACGAUUUGAUGGUUAUGUGUGAAGCAACAUAUCCUGAUGACACAUCAUUGGAAUGCUCAAAAUAUUUAAGAUUUUGUAGAGGCAGAAAUAUGAUGUUAAAUUUCACAGGCCUUGUAGGCCGUGGGGACAAUUUGAGGUACAAGAUGGAUAUUUUGGGCCCUGGUCAAAUAGGUGGUUUCUGUAACUUUUAUUCGGAGAGAUUGAAGAAGGAGGCAGAUCACAUGAGUGCUUUACAAUCAUGGGCUCCUGAACUUAUACAUUUUGUUAAGACUCCGCAGAGGCCAAUACCUGAUGGGAUGUGUGACAUAGUAAUAAAGAAACCCACAUACAUAAUGAAAUUGGAUGCUACUGUUAACAUGUACCACCAUUUCUGUGACUUCUUCAACUUGUAUGCAUCUCUUCAUGUGAAUUCAACACAUCCAUCUACAUUCUCAAAGGAUAAUCAUAUACUGGUGUGGGAAACAUUCACAUAUGAAUCUGCUUUUAAAGAAACUUUUAAAGCAUUCACUGACAAUCCUAUUUGGGACCUGAAAACAUUCAGAGGAAAAGUUGUGUGCUUCAAAAAUGUUGUGUUACCUCUAUUACCUAGAAUGAUCUUCGGACUGUUUUACAAUACUCCUUUGAUAUAUGGUUGUGAAAGGAGUGGUCUGUUCCAUGCAUUCUCAAGGCACAUAAUCCAUUCACUGAAUAUAAAACUGAAGCCACGGACUAAUGACAAAGUACGAGUAACUCUCCUGUCAAGAGGGACCACAUACCGCUCCAUACUCAAUGAAAACGCAAUUAUUGAUGCCUUAAAUAAAGUGGAAGGGUAUGAAGUGCAGCGUGUGGUGUAUGACAGAACAGUGCCGUUUCUCAAGCAAUUGGAAAUUACUCAUAACUCUGAUAUUUUUAUUGGAAUGCAUGGCGCUGGAUUAACGCAUCUACUCUUCUUGCCCGAUUGGGCAGCUGUAUUUGAAGUUUACAAUUGCGAGGAUCCGAACUGUUACCUGGAUUUAACAAGGCUUCGGGGUCUUAAAUACGUUACUUGGGAAGACAAAACUAAACUUGUUCAACAGGAUGAGGGACAUGGUCCCGGCGGCGGUUCACACGCUAAGUUCACGAACUAUUCUUUCGACGUGCGUGAGUUCCUGCGACUGGUGAAGAAAUGUGCCGAUCACGUGCGUAAACAAAAAGCCUUUAAAGAUUUCCUCGAGUUAUCCGGAUUACGACCAACACACGAAGAGUUGUGAGGUAGCUUCACUAACAUUAUUCCCGUUUCCUAACUUGUGAUAUCUAAUUGUUUUACAGUUUUACUCAUUCCAAUUAAGGUUAAUUAGUUUUUAAGUAUACUUUUGUUACUUAUUUUUGACUUUUGUUGAAAUAUAAUUCGCAAGUAUUACGUGCGCAAUGUCAGUACAAACAAAAGCGCUUAGCAAGGUGAAUUCGUAGUUAGUUCUCUGCGAUAAAACAAGAUGUCGCUGUAUUAAGAUAUUGUAAAAUACGUCCAAUUUUUAAACAUGAUUAAUAAUUAAUAAUGAUUUUAAUUAGUAUACAG